AUGAGAGAAGACCUGCCGAAGAUCCCUAUAAUCGAUGAUCCGUUAUUUAGGAGUAUUGCGACAGGCUAUAAUUCGAAUAAUGAAUCAUGGGAAAUUUUAGAAUAUUUAGGAGACAGGGUGCUCACAUCUUGUCUCCUAAAAAUUGCCGGGCCGCGCUACAUUCAAAGAUAUAAGCCAAAGCACAUUGAAAUGG